GAAUAUAUACAUGAAUGAUGAACAAUGACUGAGUGGCAUAGGCAAGGUGCAAUAGAUGGUAUAAAAUACAACAUAUACAUUUGAGAUGAGAAAUGCAAGAUGUGUAAACAUUAUAAACAUUAUUACAUGGCAUUAUUAAAGUGACUAGUGAUCCAUUCAUUAAAGUGGCCAAUGAUUUCAAGUCUGUAUGUAGGCAGCAGCCUCUCUGUGUCAGUGAUGGCUGUUUAACAGUCUGAUGGCCUUGAGAUAGAAGCUGCAAGAGGAAAUGUGAAUUAUUAUGAGGAUUAUAUUUCAUGGACAUUUUUUUAAGGGGUUGAUAAAUUUUUCGUAAGGGUAAAUCAUGUCUGAAAUUUCAAAUGGCAUGUUACAAACUUCAGAAGCCUUUAAACCUCAAAUACACUCCGUUUUAAAUAUCCUGCAUUGCACAAAAUGUCUCCUGCAACAGGGUGAUCAAAUUAAGAUCCUACAUCUGUAAAUGAUGAUAAACUCGAUACAUGUUUCAGUUAAAGCUAGAAUCCUUAGUAGCUACAUCAAUUUAUGGACUUAUAAUUGAAUGAUAUGUACCCACUGAUUCUUGAAGAAUGUAACUUCUAAAUGCCUCAUGAGCUUAGUUCAACUGUCAUACCCCAUCAGAACCGCAAAUAUAACCUUGUUUUACUCCAAUGUGUGUAAACAAACACUAUAUCGACUUAUGCUAUGAGAGAGAGAGAGAGAGAGAGAGAGAGAGAGAGAGAGAGAGAGAGAGAGAGAGAGAGAGAGAGAGAGAGAGAGAGAGAGAGAGAGAGAGAGAGAGAGAGAGAGAGAGAGAGAAAAACUAAAAAGAUGGAGCGUAGCCUACCUUCUCCUGGAAAGGGAAGUCAUUCAAUUAUGACUGGACAGACACACAGAGACACACACAGAGAAACACACAGAGAAACACACAGAGACAGACAGAGAGAGAGAAAGGGCACGGAAUGGAGGGGAAUAGGUGAUGUGUACCAGACUUUGCUUUCAGCACUGAAAGGAUGGACAGAGCAAGGGUGGAAAUAUAUCAAUUGAAAGAAAAGAUGGAAAGAAAAUCUUGCUGUGACUGACAAUGAGAGAGUGAGUGAAAAUCAGUGGAGGCUGCUGAGGGGAGGACGGCUCAAAAUAAUGGCUGGAACGGAGUUAAUGGAAUGGCAUCAAACAUGUGUUUGAUAUAUUUGAUACCAUUCCACUGAUUCCGCUCCAGCAAUUACCACGAGCCCAUUCUCCCCAACUGGGGUGCCAUUGUGUUAUGGCUGUGUGUGUGUGUGUGUGUGUGUGUUUCUACUGUAUUUAGGGACGCUCGGAAUAUACUGUAAGACUGAAUCCUGUCUUGGUUUCAUAACUGAACAGUGAUGCUGAUGAUUCUUAUGAUGUUGCUGCUGAUAAAAACAACAGUUCUGUACAAUGUAUCCAGAAUAUAUAUUGCUCUAUAAUCCAUCAGCUCAUCUCCUCCAUCUCCUCUCUUUCAUUCAGUGAGCAACAUGUUUGUGUGUUGUUCUCUCUCUGCCCUUUCACCUCUUAUUCCCUCCCCUCUUUCUCCAAUCAAACCUCUCUUCCCCUCGUUGAUUGGAUUUUGUACAUUUGAUUGUACUUUCCUUGGUCAAAAAAAACUAAACUGGCGAAUCGUAAUUAGAGACUGCUCUACAGUGUCUAAAUAACAACCUUCUGAAUCUGUGAACACACGCAGCUGAAAAGUCACAGGCCUGUUGUAGCCUAAAAUAACCACUUAUCUAGUAGAAUAAACCAAGGCUAUAUCUCUUUUCAGGGAAAGCAUAUUUUUCUGACAAAACGGUUUGAGUUAUUUUAUGCACAAGGUCAGAGGUGUAAAGUACUGAAGUAGUUUUUAGGGGUAUCUGUACUUUACUAAUUAUAUUUUUUUACUUUUACAUCACUACGUUCCUAAAGGAAAUUAUGUACUUUUUACUCUAUACAUUUUCCCUGACACCCAAAAGUACUAGUUACAUUUUGAAUGCUUAGCAGGACAGGAAAAUGGUCCAAUUCACACACUUAUCAAGAGAACAACCCUGGUCAUCCCCACUGCCUCUGAUCUAGUGGACUCACUAAACACAAAUACUUUGUUUGUAAAUGAUGUCUGGGUGUUGCAGUCUGCUCCUGGCUAUCUGUAAAUAAAAUUAUAAUAAAUAAAUUGUGCCCUCUGGUUUGCUUUAUAUAUAAGGAAUUUAAAAUGAUUUAUACUUUUGAUACUUAAGUAUAUUUUAGAAAUUACAUAUACUUUUGACACUUAAGUAUAUGUAAAACCAAAUACUUUUACUCAAGUAGGAUUUUACUGGAUGACUCCCACUUUUACUUUCAUUUUCUAUUAAGGUAUCUUUACUUUUACUUAAGUAUGAAAAUGUAUUACUUUUUCCACCACUGCACAAAGCCAACAGGUGUGGGUCAAACUGAAUGAUUAACUGAAUGAAUUAAAAGGACAAUAUAAAAAGAGCUGGUUGUGUUGCACAUGGUGGACUUGAAAUACUUUCUGGUUUUCAUGGCAAGGCUAGUGUGACUGAACCACAACGACCUGCUGAACAGACAGAAGACCGUGAGCUUCACGCGCUGGGAUCACAGCACGGGCUCUUGGUAACACCUGGGCGCCCUUUACCAAACGGAUAAAAAAAGAGACAAUGCCAUUAUAUAGCCUAUAGGCUAUAGAUCCAUAAGGCUGUAUGGAAAGGUUAGUUAAAAUGCGUAACCAUAGACACACUAAAGCAAAUGUUAAGCAGAUGUGACACCUAUUUUAACAUUAGUUCAGGGUGAAGUUAUAGGCUACAGUGCACUUCUAUUGUUAGGCACAGAGACUCCGAGCUCCCAAACAAAGCGACGCAGGGAGCUAGGGAAACGGAGCGCAACGCUUAUUUAAUAGGUUAGUGACUCUUUCCCUCACACACACACACAGAGAGAGAGAGCGACACACUGGGAUGGAGAUGUAACAGCCGUGCGAAGGCGGUUUCCACAGCGAUGAAGCAUUUUGGAGGCAGUUUUUAACCGCUGUACAUAGAAGAGAGAAAACGAUCGACUCGACAAGCCUGAGAUCGGCGAGGGAAGACUAGAAUAAAAAAAGGGGGGGUGCAGUGUCUCUGGCCCAAGUGUCACAGACAGCGGGAGGAAUAUCAUCUUUAAUCCCUGCAAAUUCGAGGAGAGAAAAAGUGCCGGUGUCACUAUAGGCCUUAAGAGCCAGAGAUGAUUCAUUCUAAACCUCAAAGUGAAGGAUAACAAGUGGCCCAGACUCCUGUGACCCCUCAUCCCACCAACUCAUCCUUUACCCUUCCUCUAACCUCUAAACUGUGUAACGUUCUCGAUUCCCCCCGGCUGGUUCAAUCUAUACAGACACAGACUGACUGGAUGACCAUCUGGACCUAUGUAAAUCAACACGAAGACAACAUAAACCAACCAGCCUUGAAGACGGACGCUCCUGGAUACUGACUGAGCUACCAGAUGCUACUCUGGAUGGGGCUGGAGGCUGUAGGCUGUUAGGCUAGCUAGGCCAUGCUGCUCCCUGUGCCUUCCUCCUCUCCAAUGCUGCUUCCAGGAGACCUACGGGCUACAAACAUCAUUAUCGUCACCGUCAUCUUCAUCACUCACCAAUGCCACAGGAAGUACGGUGCCUGGGAGGGGACUGACUGAACCUCAACUAUUACGGACAGAGUGAACUGGAAACACACACACACACACACACACAAACAGCCCCUUCAGCUGUGAAACAGACAAAGACAGAAGGCAAAGAGAUACUAAGCACUGAGAGGAGGGCGGGACUAUGGCUGCCGAGAGUCUGACCGAGCUCCGUGAUUGGCUCUUUCUGCUCCUCCUGUGCCUGACUCUAUUGGCCGAGAUGCUGGAGUUGGCGGCGGCAGCAGUUGCCAUGGAGGAAGGCGAGGAAGACUUCCCGUGCCCGUCAGUGUGCCGGUGUGACGAGGGCUUCGUUUACUGUAACGACCGGAGCCUGAGCAUGAUCCCUCCUCUACCGUUAACAGCUACCGUUCUCUACCUACAGAGCAACCGGUUGGCCAACUCCGGCCUACCGGCGUCUUUGGAGCGCAGCAGUAGUAUCCGUGUGGUCUACCUUUACGCCAACCAACUAGACGAGUUUCCUAUACACCUGCCGCCGUCGCUACGGGAACUACACCUGCAGGACAACAACAUUCGGACGUUGCCGCGCACGGUGUUGGCCAGGUUACCGUUGCUAGAGAGGCUACACCUGGAUGACAACUCCAUCUCCACUGUGAGCAUUCAGGAGCGGGCCUUCUCCGGUACGCGGCGGCUGAGGUUACUCUUCCUCUCCCGGAACCACCUGUCCAGCAUCCCAGCCGGCCUCCCGGCUUCUUUAGAGGAGCUGAGGUUAGACGACAACCGUAUCAACACCAUCCCCACCCACGCCUUCCGGGGCCUGGCCUCACUGAGACGCCUGGUCCUGGACGGGAAUCUCCUGGCCAACACCCGCAUCGCCGACGACACCUUCUCCCGCCUGGCCAACCUCACGGAGCUGUCGCUAGUCCGCAAUGCCCUGCAGGCCCCACCCAUCAACCUGCCCAGCACACACCUGAUGAGGCUGCACCUGCAGGACAACGGACUGAUUCACGUGCCCCGGGGGACCCUGGACGGGAUGAGGAGGCUGCAGCGGCUGGAUCUGUCAGGGAACAACCUGACCACUCUGCCCCGGGGGCUGCUGAGGGACACGGACGGCCUGGAGCUGUUGCUGCUCCGGGGGAACCCCUGGUACUGUGGCUGCAACCUGCACUGGCUCCACGCCUGGCUGUAUGGCCGCGGGGCAGCGGUGACAGUACGGGGCCUGACCUGCCACGGACCAGAGGCGGUGCGAGGCCAGGCCCUCAGGGACCUCUCUGGGCUCAUGGACCAGUGUGAAGGGCCCCCAGGAGGGGUGAACAGUGUGGGGGGUAGAGGAGGAGGUGUCACUAGUACUACCACCUUUCCCCCAACCCAGGGCUCUCUGUUCACCCUCAGAGCCAUACGGCCGGGCCUGGUGAAGCCAUUACCACCGGGAGGAGAGGCGGGGGGUCAUGCCUCACACAACGCUUUAGAACUCACCGUGAAGCCUCUGUCGGCAGACAGUGUGCAGGUGACGUGGCUGUGCCCGCGGCCGGCGCCCUCCUUCCGGCUGUCCUGGCUGAGGCUGGGCAGCAGCGCCGCUCUGGGUUCCAUCACAGAGACGCUGGUACCCGGGGAGAGACAGCAGUACCUACUAACCCAGCUCACACCACGAUCACACUAUCUCAUCUGCCUGCUCCCCCUGCGCUCCACCUCCUCCCACUCUGGAGGGUCACAGAGAGGACAGCAACAGGAAAAGGACACAACAGACCAGAGCCCCGUCUGCUCUCAGAUAGAGACGGGGGAGGCUCUGCGCCCCGAGGGGGGAAAUGGGGGUGAGGACUCGGACACAGAGAUGGCAGCCCUCCCCCUGGCUGAGAUCAUUGGCGGAGCCACAGCCCUAGUCUCCCUCAUACUCAUCUUCGGCAUCUUCUGCUGGUAUGGCCAGCGCACCGGGUAUGUCUCCGGGGAAACAGACUCCUAUGGGGUCAGAGGUCAGCGCGUGGUCGGGAAGCCGUACGAUGACUAUGUGGAGUCUGGUACUAAGAAGGACAGCUCCAUCCUGGAGAUCAGGAGCCCCGGCUUCGCCAUGACGCCCAUGAUGACCCAUCAGCCACUGCAACCCAAAGGAGGGGAAGAUGUGACCUACGUGCACACCAUCUUCCCCUCAUCGCACGGUAACGGCACCUACCGAAGCAACCAGAGUCACAACGGCAUCAUCACCCAACUGGGUCGCACGGCAGGCUACGGGACCAACCAGGGUUACCGGGAGCAAGGGAUGAUCCCGGAUAUAGACUACUCCUACACGUGAUGACAUCAUCUCAGACACACUUCUCCCACCCCCACCGGUUGGAUGCCGUUCUAAGGAUACGGUUCCAGCAGGCGGUUGGUUGGUUGGUCUCCUUGGUUCCAAAGUACCCUCUGUGCCUCCUCACUUCUGCUCUGAAUCUUAUUUAUCUGUUACUGGCUGACUGGCUUGGGUUGCUGUGUCCCCACAGGGCCACCCCACAUACAUGUUUGCUGGGUGACAGAAGUGUUUCAGUGCUUCUCAUGUUUAUACAUUGUUUUGAGGUCUCAGUAUCUUUACAGCUACUGUACUCUUCCUUCUAUUUCAUAAAAGACCGUUAGUAGUUUGAGGUGGAUGUUUAGGCGUAGGCAGACGCUAAAAGGCAAAUAUAUUCCAGAGAGAAACACUUGUGUAGACUGCUACACUAUAUAUACAAAAGUAUGUGGACACCCUUUCAAAUGAGUGGAUUCGGCUAUUUCAGCCAUACCCGUUGCUGACAGGUGAAAAAAAAUCAAGCACACAGCCAUGAAAUCUUCAUAGACAAACAUUGGCAGUAGAAUGGCCUUACUGAAGAGCUUAGUAACUUUCAAUGUGGCACCGUCAUAGGAUGCCACCUUUCCAACAAGUCAGUUCUUCAAAUUUCUGUCCUGCUGGAGCUGCCCCGGUCAACUGUAAGAGCUGUUAUUGUGAAGUGGGAAUGUCUAGGAGCAACAAUGGCUCAGCAGCAAAGUGGUACACCACACAAGCUCACAGAACAGGACCGGCGAGUGCUGAAGCACGUAGAAAUGGUCUGUCCUCGGUUGCAACACUCACUACAGAGUUCUAAAACUGUCUCUGGAAGCAACGUCAGCACAAGAACUGUUCGCCGGGAGCUUCAUUAAAUGGGUUUCCAUGGCCGAGCAGCCGCACACAAGCCUAAGAUCACCAAGAUCAAUGCCAAGUGUCGGCUGGAGUGGUGUAAAGUUCGCCGCCAUUGGAGUCUGGAGCAGUGGACUCGAGAGUGAUCACGCUUCACCAUCUGGCAGUCCAACGGACGAAUCUGGGUUUGGCAGAUGUCAGACGAACACUACAUGCCCCAAUGCACAGUGCCAACUGUAAAGUUUGGUAGAGGAGGAAUGAUGGUGUGGGGCUGUUUUUCAUGGUUCGGGCUAGGCCCCUUAGUUCCAGUGAAGGGAAAGCUUUACGCUACAGCAUAACUGGCAACUGGCCUGCACAGAGCCCUGACCUCAACACCUUUGGGAUGAAUUGGAAUGCUGACUGCGAGCCAGGCCUAAUCGCCUAACAUCCGUGCCUGACCUCACUAAUGCUCAUGGCUGAAUGGAAGCAAGCCCCCGCAGCAAUGUUCCAAAAUUUUGUGGAAAUCCUUCCCAGAGGAGCAAAGGGGGGACCAACUCCAUAUUAAUGCCCGUGAUUAUGGAAUGAGAUGUUUGACGAGUGUGUCCACAUACUUUUGGUCAUGUAGUGUAUACAACUACCUACUUCUGUAUGCGCUGAGUAGACACACGGGGAAGGGUUUGAUGGUACUAGUCACAACAACUCAUCACUGACUGACAGAAAAUAUAUAUGUUCCUAUCUUAGACCUCUACUUUUCUCUUUCCCCUCCUGUUUUUAUAUUUUAUUUCUCUGUUUAUUUUGUGCUGCAGAGAGAGAGAGAGAAUGAGAGCGAGAUAACUUUGUUCUAGCUGAGAAGCGCUGAUAGCAGCUCUGAGGGACAGGGGCUCCUACUGCAGCGAUGUCCGCCUGGGGACUCUAGUGAGAGGGAGAGAUAGGAGUAAGCAUAGGGAGGUUAAAAAGAGAGACAGAAUAAUUGAGGAGGGGGGGGAUAAUAAAAGAGGGAAAGGGUGAAAAGGAAGAAUAUAGACCCUGAUCCUUCGAGAGAGAUAAAGAGAGAGGGAGAAAAACUAGGGAGCGAGAUAGACAAAAGAAGAGGGAGAGUGAAGAGGGAGAGUGAAGAGGGAGAGCAAAGGGAGAACUAAUGGCAGAGGGAAACAGUGAAAAGGGUAGGAAUAUAGCUAGGACGUCAUCCAAACCCUGCUACUUCUUAACAGGACCAGUUCAUUUCUACUUGACCUAUCGUUGAUAUUUUAGUACAGGAAGGAGCAGACAGUGAAAAGAGUGUGUUCAUCAAACGUGCCCAUCUUUAUAAAGAGAUAAAAUUGUUAUUACAAUUUGGCCAUGGAAUAAAACAAUUCAACAUAUUGGCAUUUCCCUUAACAUACAGAACACCAAUAUUAAAGGAUAUAUCCUUUUGCUUAUUGCAUGUCAUCAUAACAUGAACGGCAAAGGCAUGUUAACUGGACAAUCAUACAGAAAUGUCUGCAAUCAAAUUAACUAAAUCAACCCAAAGUAAAAGGCAUUUUCUAUUGGUUGCUAUCAGGAAAGAUGAAGGGGAAAAAAACACGUGUUUACAGUGAUGUACCCAUCCAGCACGCAAACAUCUGAACACAGCAAGCUGUAAUAGCCGUACCAUUACAGCCACUUACUAUCUACUUAGUAGCUCUGUGUGCAUCAUAGUCAGUCAUUCAGAUCCAGCGAGACAGUCAGGUCACAGGUGGGGGGGGGGGUUCCGUAGAAAUCAUGGAUGAACCAAACUGCAGCACUGUGCAUCUAUGCACACUAAUCACACACUCUGUAGUGUAUUUCUGUCACUCUACGUAUAUUAUAACAAUGUUCUGGCCUCUCAAUCACAACUGAAUCACAAUGGAGAGAAGAGUAAAGAGAGUGAUGGGAAAAGGAGGGAGAGAAAGAAAAGAGAUUGUUUGAGUGAGUUAUGUAUAGACUAUGGUUUUUAUUAUAAACUGGGUGGUUCGAGCCCUAAGUGCUGAUUGGCCACGGGUAUGACAAAACAUGUAUUUUUCCUGUUCUAAUUACAUUUGUAACCGGUUUAUAAUAGCAAUAAGGCACCGAGAGGGUUUGUGGUAUAUGGUCAAUAUACCACAGGAGUUUUUCCAGGCGCUCCGCGUUGCGUCGUACAUAUGAACAGCCCUUAGCCGUGGUAUAUUGGCCAUAUACCACACCCCCUCGUACCUUAUUGCUUAAAUAUACCAUGCUAAACUUAAUUAGCCUUGUGUCUUUUUCCAAUCCAAAACUCCAGUGGGAAAAGCAUUCUGGGGGAAGAGAAAAGAUCUAGAGCCUUCUUUAGGUCUUAGAAACAUUUCCUUUAAAUACGCUCAGCUUUUCACAAUGUCUUAUGUAUAAAUCUAAACAGUGAGAACUGUUUGUUUGGUUUUCUUUUAUUUUCUAUGCGAAUAAAAAAAAUAUAUUGGUUAAACUUCAAA